CAUUGUUCGGGGCCGACGGCUGCCUGCCUGCCUGCCUGCCUGAGGGGUCGGACCCCCACCAGGGCGGAAGGAGACAGCGGGCGGUCCGGGACCCGCAGCGGGGACGAUGGCAGAGCCGCGGGCAGAAGCGGCCCUGGACCCUCACGAGCACAUGGACCUGAAGAUCGUGAAGGUGGAGGACGAGUCCCUGUGGGAGAAGGAGUGCAGCCCGCAGAGGGAGGAGCCCGGCCCCGACACCUUCAGCCAGCGCUUCCGCCGGUUCCGCUACGAGGAGGCGUCGGGGCCCCACGACGCCCUGGGCCGGCUGCGGGAGCUGUGCCGCCUGUGGCUGAGGCCCGACCGCCGCACCAAGGAGCAGAUCCUCGACCUCUUGGUCCUGGACCAGUUCCUCAGCAUCCUGCCCGGGGAGAUCCAGGCCUGGGUGCGGUUCCAUCGCCCCGAGAGCGGCGAGGAGGCGGCGGCCGUGGUGGAGGAUCUGCAGAGGGAGUUUAAUGGAACGGGACGGCCGGUCCUGGUGCGUACCCGCGGACGGGACCCGCUGUCGGAGGAGGGAGCGGCGGCCGCGCUGGACUCGCCUCGCUUCCAGCCGGAGCCGACGUGGCCCCGGCAGGGGGGUCCGGAGCCCCUGCACCGCAGCGAGUCGGAGGCGGCGCGCCCGGAGCCGGGGUCCCUGGAGGCCCCCCGUGCGGCGAGGAGGAGGAGGAGGAGGCCCGCGGCCUGCGGCAAGUCGUUCAGCCUCAAGUCGAACCUGCGCAAGCACCAGCGGACGCACACGGGCGAGCGGCCCUACCCGUGCCCCGACUGCGGCAAGGCGUUCAGCCGCAACUCCAACCUGGUGCGCCACCUGCGCAUCCACACGGGCGAGCGGCCCUACGCCUGCCCCGACUGCGGCAAGGCCUUCAACGUCAGCUCCACCCUGCUGUACCACCAGCGCACCCACGCCCGGGCCCGCGAGGGCGGGCGCACCCCGCCCUUCUCCUGCGCCGACUGCGGCAAGGCCUUCAGCUGGAACUCCUACCUGGUGCGCCAUCAGCGGGGCCACGGCGCCCAGCGGCCCCCGGCCUGCCCCGACUGCCCCCGGGGGGGCCCCGAGCCGCCGGGCGAGCGGCCCUUCCCGUGCCCGGACUGCGGCAAGGCCUUCGGCAAGAACUCCCACCUGCUCCAGCACCGCCGCAUCCACACCGGGGAGAAGCCCUUCGGCUGCGGAGACUGCGGCAAGGCCUUCGUCCAGAGCUCCCACCUCGCCCAGCAUCGGCGCGUCCACGCCCGCGACGGCCCCCCCGCUCAGUACAGCACCCAGAGCUUCCUGAACCCCAUGACUACUAAGCACCAGGAAGACGACGGUGCAGCCAGAAGUCCUGAGCAGAUGGAUUACCGCGACCUCUACAAGGACGUGAUGCUCCAGAGCUACGGGAAUCUCGUCGCCCUGGGUAACCGGGUUGGGGGGUUGGCACCCGGGGCGGGGGGGGUCUCCCCGGCCUGCGCCCGGCGGUCCGGGCUUCCCGAGGUCGGAUUCCCGUCACCCCACGUGAUCUCCGUGCUGGAGCGAGGCGGAGAGCCGUGGUUCCUCAACUGGCAGCGGGCGGAGGACGGAGACCCCGCGGGAGACGCCCCUGAAGACCCCGCCGCCGGAGACCCCGCCACCGCCGACGACCCCCGCCCAGAUGAGACCGCGGAGCCCGAGGGCGGAUCGCCGCCGGAGCCGAAGCGGAGCGCGUCGCCCGCGGCGGGCCCGGCCGGACCCCCGGCGGAGGGGCCCCCCCGGGGCGAGGCGGCGGCGGCGGCGGGGGGCGGGAGGCCCGGCCGGGCCCCGCGCCGGCGAGCCCCCCGGGAGGCGUCCCCGGGCCGGGCGGAGGCGGGCCCGCCGUCGCCCCCGGGCGCCGCGGCCUGCCCCGAGUGCGGGGGGCCGUCCGGGGCCCCCUCGGAGGAGGGAGGGGUCGGGGCCCCGUGCCCGGCCCGCGGGCCCGGCGCCCGGCCGCACCCGUGCCCCGACUGCGGCAAGGCCUUCGCGCGGCCCGCCUACCUGGCCCAGCACCGGGCCACCCACCGGGGCGAGCGGCCCUUCCGCUGCGCCCAGUGCGGGAAGACCUUCCGCCGGGUCACCCACCUGGCGCAGCACCGCGCCACGCACACGGAGGCCCGGCCCUUCCCCUGCCCGGACUGCGGCCAGGCCUUCCGGCAGCACGCCAACCUGGCGGCCCACCAGCGGACCCACACGGGCGAGCGGCCCUUCCCGUGCCCGGACUGCGGCAAGGCCUUCGCCACCUCGUCCAGCCUGUUCAAGCACCAGCGGACCCACACGGGGGAGCGGCCCUUCCCCUGCCCGGACUGCGGCCGGGCCUUCAGCGUCAAGUCCAACCUGGUGCAGCACCAGCGGACCCACACGGGCGAGCGGCCCUACGAGUGCCCGGCCUGCGAGCAGACCUUCACCGACCGCUCCACGCUGACCCGCCACCGCCGCAUCCACAGCGGGGAGCGGCCCUACGCCUGCCCCGACUGCGCCAAGGCCUUCAGCUGCAGCUCCAGCCUCAUCCAGCACCGCCGCAUCCACAGCGGCGAGAAGCCCUACGCCUGCCCCGACUGCGCCAAGGCCUUCCGCUGCAGCUCGCACCUGGUGAAGCACCAGCGCAUCCACACGGGCGAGCGGCCCUACGCCUGCCCCGACUGCGGCCGGGCCUUCCGCUGCAGCACCACGCUCAUCCAGCACCAGAAGACGCACACGGGCGAGAAGCCCUACCGCUGCGCCCAGUGCCCCAAGGCCUUCACCUGCAGCUCCGGCCUCAUCAAGCACCGCCGCGUCCACAGCGGCGAGAGGCCCUUCCCCUGCCGCCUCUGCGGCAAGGCCUUCGCCACCUGCCCGGCCCUCGCCAAGCACCAGAAGACCCACGCCCCCGACCCCGCCGACUAGGCCGGUGUCCGACCGCGGGGGCGGGAGGGAGACCGCCGCCUCGAGCCCGGCCUGUCUCCCCUCGUCGCCGGCGGGGAGGCCGAG